ACAAGUAAAACAUUACAAGACGAGAUGGAAUGGAGACGAUGUUGAAAGAAGAAAAAGAGAAGAAGGAAAGGAGGAAGUCCGAUGAAGUAUUUCACAAACCGUCCGUCGGUGGUGUUACACUCAGCUCACUUUUGUGUUCUGGAGAAGACGUGAACGCUUAAAGAGAAAACUAAGGAUGGCGGUUUGGGACAGAAAGGUUCUGUGGAGCUUCAUGUUCCUUCUGUCAGAUGUUGUGAGUGAUAGAGUGAACUAUCCAGGUCCAGUUUGUGCUGUGAAGGGAUCCACGGUCACCAUCCCCUGCACCUUCACACCUCUGAAGUCUGUCUCUGAGGGUGGAAGAGAGGUUUCAGUCGAGAUCGUCAGAGUCGUCUGGUGCCAGAACCAUCCAAUUUGUCAGGGCAGCACUCCGACCGUGUACGACAGCGAGUUACUAUACAACAACAUCAACAACCCUCGUUACAGAUACCUGGGAGACAAGAAGGGAGACUGUUCUUUACAGAUCACAGAUGUACAGGAGGAAGACGAUGAAACUCUUCGCUUCAGAAUGGAAGCUCAUACCAGUUCAGGACAUUUUACUGGCCAAGCAGGAGUGAAAGUCACCGUGACUGACGGAACUCAAAUGAAAAUAAAGAACGCCACAGACAGACCAGAAGCAGUCACACUGAACUGCACCUCAGGGUGCUCCUUCCACCAACUGGAGGUCACCUGGUUGAGAAAUGGCCACGCCCUCAAACACACUGGCCCCUCCCUCUAUCUCGGCACUCCGACUGCACAGGAUUCUGGGAACUACACCUGUGGUUUGAAGAACAACAACCGCACUCUCUCCAAGCCGUUUAGUCUGUAUGUGGAGGCUGAAGAGGAAGGAGGAGUUCCGAUGUCUCUGAUAGUCGGUGUGGUGUUUGGGGUCCUGCUGGCUCUCUGCACUCUCAUCCUGGUCCUCUUCAUCAUCAGAAGGAAGCGAGCAGCAGAAAAGAGUCAGUCAGCUGAGAGAACCGAGGACGGACAGGAGCCUGCUGACCUCUACAGUGACGUCCAGAUGGGAGGAGGUCAGAGACAGGAAGUCAGAGAGGACGAGGACACCGUCAGCUACGCCCCCAUCCAGUUCAAACAACGGAGCAAAGCCAGAGCGGAGAAGGAGGAGGAUGACUCCAUCAUCUACAGCUCGGUGGUUGGUCGAAGCUGAGGUCACAUGACCUUCAGGGUUCUGGAGGUGUGUUCCUACGAUGUCUUCUCUUCAUUCAUCACUGAGACAGUAUGAACAUGUUAUUACAACUUUAUAACUAUUCAUCUGACCAUUAAUAUGAUAUCACCAUUACUGCUUGUGGAUCUAAACUGGUUCCAACCAGCUGUUACUGGUUUUGAACUGUGACUUUGAGAAUGUGACUCUUCACUCACACAGUUCUCUGUCUACUGCCAGUACUACUGAUGCUACUGCCAGUACUACUGCCAGUACUACUGAUGCUACUGCCAGUACUACUGAUGCUACUGCCAGUACUACUGAUGCUACUGCCAGUACUACUGAUGCUACUGCCAGUACUACUGAUGCUACUGCCAGUAUACUGCCAGUACUACUGAUGCUACUGCCAGUAUACUGCCAGUACUACUGAUGCUACUGCCAGUACUACUGAUGCUACUGCCAGUACUACUGAUGCUACUGCCAGUACUACUGAUGCUACUGCCAGUACUACUGAUGCUACUGCCAGUACUACUGAUGCUACUGCUAGUACUACUGAUGCUACUGCUAGUACUCGUUAACUCUUUCACAAGAGAAACUUGAAUCCAACGUCCAGUUUCUGCAGCGGACUUCCUGGUCCGUCACGUGAUGUCAUGAGGCCCAAAGAGACUUUUAUUAUAGACUUAUAUUAAAAAAGAGACGUCUGUAACUCAGCAGAUAAUUUAGUUUGAGUUGAAUCAACUUCCUUUUAUCAAUUUUAAAGUUUUAUCAGCUAAAUCCAGAGCGUAAAAUAACCUGUUUAGUUUCCCAUGUUUUGGUUCAGAGCUCGCUCAGCAUCACAUCGGAGGACGAUAGUCGAUUCAGACUCCUUUACAGAAAUCAUAAACUUCCUUUCUUUCUGUUGUUUUUAACUCUUUCUCUGUGUUGUACUCAAUUGACUUUUUAUAUUUACAAAAUGUUUUGUUGUUUUGUAUGUUAAGUAGUAUUUUGCCUCGUUGUUUGUACUGAUUAUAAAUUCACUGAUUGCUUUGCAUAUUUCUUUACAUAAAUACUUUUUGUGUAAUUUAUAGUAAAUGUGUCUUAAAUGAAUAAAGAAUAAUUUGGUAAAAUGUGAAAUAAAGAA